AUGGCAGCCCCCAGAGCGGCGGCCUCCAAUAGGGCCUUCCGUACAACAGGGUCGCCUCCGGAACGCGAGCCGCGCCUCUUCCUGCCCAGCAACCGGAAGUUGCCCUUUGAAACCGAAGCGGCGGGCCCAGCCGGCGGUGCGGCGGUUGCUGCUGAGCAUCUUUUGAACCAGAGCAGCAAGGCCUGCGGGCGGCAGCGGCGGGCACCUGGGGCGCAGCCGGGCGGUCUCCUCACGAUGACCAGCGUAGUGAAGACAGUGUACAGCCUGCAGCCACCUGCGUUGAGCGGCGGCCUGGCCUCAGACACACAAGCUCGAACCACUUCAAAGAGUCUCUUACCUGUUAAAUGCAAAGAUGUUGAGGUUGCCAGAUAUCACUCGGGAGGUUCAGAGAAUGACAUCACCAAGACCACCAAACUGAGACGAGAGAAUGGGCAGGUGAAAGCUGCAGACACUGCCUUCAGGAGGAAUCUCAGGAAGAGUUACAAACCAUGGGGUAAGCAGAAAUCAGAGGAAGAGCUCAAGGAUAAGAACCAGCUCUUAGAGGCCGCCAACAAGCAGUUACACCAGAAGUUAACAGAAACUCAGGGAGAACUGAAGGACCUGACCCAGAAGGUAGAACUUCUGGAGAAGUUUCAGGACAACUGCUUGGCAAUUUUGGAGAGCAAGGGCCUUAAUCCAGGCAAUGAGACCCUGGCAUCACGGCAGGCCUCCACUCCGGAUCCCACAGACUCUAUGUUGCUGUUAGAAACUUUGCAAGAUGAGCUGAAGCUUUUUAAUGAAACAGCCAAAAAGCAGAUGGAGGAAUUACAGGCCUUAAAGGUAAAGUUGAAGAUCAAAGAAGAAGAACGGGCUCGAUUUAUGGAACAGCAAACCUUAUAUAAUGGUCAAGUAACUGAUUUUACAACAACUCUUGAGGAAAUGGAGAAGCUACUAGAAAUGUAAUAAAAAGUGAGUGAUCGGGUGUUUCUUCUUGGGGAUAAACUGAGGGAAAGCCACCUUGGACAUCUUGCUGGACAUGAUCUUCUAGGACUUGCCAUCCCCAGACAGCAAGCGGUUUCUGCAGCAGAGCUAAAGGCAGUGAUGCUGAACUAAUAGCCCCUCCUCAAAGCAAGUCUUCCCAACUUUCAUGCUGGACAACUGUCUAAGCCUCAUGAGGCCUACAGAGGGGGACCUGGAACCUUGGACUCACAUCCUAAACUACAAAGCAACACACCAUUACAAUCCAGAGACAAAACCAACCACAGCAGAAGAGCUAAAAAAAAAAGUCACCAGUAGAUUUGCAGGAAGGAGAGGUGAAUUGUGGUGAAGCACAGGAGUGUUAAGGAAGUCACCCUUCAGGAGCCAUGCUGUCGCCUUCUACCUCGGAACUCAUUCUGUCCUGUGCAUUUGGGCUUCUGUACCUCCUUGUAAACUUAGGAACUUGAAGUUCCUUGAAACUUUUUGGCUUGAUAAAUGGGGUGAAAGGAAACAGAUAGUAAUAACACCUACCUGAAACAAUACACCUUGGAGCUUUUAAUCUAAA